ACGGAGUGAGGCAACGCAUCACGUUUUCACGGUGCUGAGGCUGUGCCGGAGCGUCCCGGGACGGCACAGCAGACCUGAGAGGCAGCCUUCCAUCCCAGCAACAUCACAUCACCCGGAAAUGCUCCCGACUGCAGCCGCAGAGUCUGGUGAGUGAGGGGUUGUUCGCCCCCUCCGGUCCAGGCUCUGGUCCUCCACCAUGGUAGACAUGCCAGGGGAUCUAUACAGCCCUCCCUCCCCACUGGGGGACUCCCUCCUGGGCAGCCCACUGUGUGGAGACCUGAUGGAGGGUUUGGAGGAUAUCUCCCAUUCCAUCGGGGACGGCACGCUGGGAUCCUUUGAUUUCUCCGAAUACCAGAGCACCGGGUCCGAGAGCUCCAUCACUCUUGACUCCUUGACCCCGGCCUCCAGUCCCUCGUCGGGGGUGUAUGGAGCAGCGCCAGGCCCUGAGGAGAGCUUCAGCCCCCUCACCCUGGAGUGCAGAGUGUGCUCGGACAAGGCUUCAGGCUUCCACUACGGGGUGCAUGCCUGCGAGGGCUGCAAGGGUUUCUUCAGGAGAACCAUCCGGCUGAAGCUGGAGUAUGAUAAAUGUGAGCGCAACUGCAAAAUCCAAAAGAAGAACCGCAACAAGUGCCAGUACUGCCGCUUCCACAAGUGCCUCGCCGUGGGAAUGUCCCACAACGCCAUCCGGUUCGGUCGGAUGCCCCAGUCGGAGAAGCUGAAGCUGAAGGCGGAGAGGCAGAUGGGGGAGAGAGAAGUGGUGAGCCCCACGCUGGCUGACCACAAGAUCCUGGUCAAGCAGAUCCACGAGGCCUACAUAAAAAACUUCAGCAUGAACAAGGCGAAAGCACGGCUCAUACUCACCGGAAAAACCAGCAAGCCGCCUUUUAUCAUUCAUGACAUGGAGACGUUCCAGCUGGCGGAGAGGACCUUCGCGGCCCACCUGGUAGAUGGCGGCUGUCUGUGGCCCGAGGGAGGCCUCCAUGCUGGGGAACUGGCUCUCGCUGUGGGGCCCGGGGAGCUCCAGGACAGGGAGGCGGAGGCCCGGCUCUUCCAUUGCUGCCAGAGCACCUCGGUGGAGACGGUCACGGAGCUGACGGAGUUUGCCAAGGCUGUGCCAGGCUUCCAGAGCCUGGAUCUGAAUGAUCAGGUGACUCUGUUGAAGUACGGUGUAUACGAGGCCCUCUUCACCCUCCUGGCGUCCUGCAUGAACAAAGAUGGCCUCCUGGUGGCCCAUGGUGGGGGCUUCAUCACCCGAGAGUUCCUCAAGAGCCUCCGGCGGCCUUUUAGUGACAUGAUGGAGCCCAAGUUCCAGUUUGCCACGCGCUUCAACUCCCUGGAGCUGGACGACAGUGACCUGGCUCUGUUUGUGGCCACCAUUAUCUGCUGCGGAGACCGUCCAGGCCUGGUGGAUGUGCCUCCAGUCGAGCGGCUCCAGGAGAGCAUCGUCCAGGCCCUGCGGCUCCACCUGCUGGCCAACCACCCAGACAACACCUUCCUCUUCCCCAGGCUGCUGCAGAAACUGGCCGACCUCCGCGAGCUAGUCACCGAGCACGCUCAGUUGGUGCAGGAAAUCAACACGAUGGAAGACACAUCGCUCCACCCGCUCCUGCAAGAGAUAUACAGGGACAUGUACUGA